GCCAGUGAAAUGAAACUUAACAGCCCCCUAGACGCAGGCAGCAGAGGAGACAGAAGCUCACAGCUUCAGGCAGCAGCUCCUCCGCCUCUGGCUCUCCAGUCCCCAGUGUCAUGAUGGAGCUCAGAAAUACUCCGGCCAGCUCUCUAGACAAGUUCAUCGAAGACAACCUCCUGUCAAACACGGAGUUCCGCACGCAGGUCAACCAAGCCAUCGACACCAUCUGCACUUUCCUGAAGGAGAGGUGUUUCCGACUUGCCCCUCGCCCCAUUCGGGUGUCCAAAGUUGUGAAGGGCGGCUCCUCAGGCAAAGGCACGACCCUCAGGGGACGAUCAGAUGCUGACCUCGUUGUCUUCCUCACCAAUCUGAAAAGUUUUCGGGAACAGCUUCAGCGCCGAGGACAAUUCAUUGAAGAAAUCAGAAUACAGCUGGAAGCCUGUCAAAGAGAGGAAAGAUUUAAAGUGGAGUUUGAGGUCCAGAAACAGCAGAAUCCCCGCGCUCUCAGCUUUGUGCUGAGGUCUCCCAAGCUCAACCAGGCGGUGGAGUUUGAUGUCCUGCCUGCCUUUGAUGCCCUGGGUCAGUUGACCAAAGAUUACAGACCUGACCCUGAAAUCUACGUCCAGGUCAUCCAAGAGUGCGAGAAACUGAGGAGAGAGGGCGAGUUCUCCCCCUGCUUCACGGAGCUGCAGAGAGCCUUCCUGAAGGAGCGUCCGGCCAAGCUGAAGAGCCUCAUCCGCCUGGUGAAGCACUGGUACCAACUGUGUAAGAUGAAGUAUGAGCAUAAGCUGCCCCCACAGUAUGCCCUGGAGCUGCUGACCAUCUAUGCCUGGGAACAAGGAAGCUCCGAACCAGAAUUCAGCACAGCUCAGGGAUUUCGGACUGUUUUGGCAUUAAUCCUGAAGCAUCAGGACCUCUGCAUCUACUGGAAAAAGUAUUAUGACUUGGAAAACCCUACGAUUAGCCAAUACCUGAGGAGACAACUUGCAAAACCCAGGCCUGUGAUUCUGGACCCGGCUGACCCAACUGGAAAUGUGGCUGGUGGAGAUCCACAGAGGUGGCAGCUGCUGGCACAGGAGGUUACAAUCUGGCUCAAGUAUUCGUGCUGUAAGAACAUGGAUGGAACGCCAGUGAGCACCUGGAACGUGCCGGGCGCCUCCUCAAGAGACGGCACGACCCUCAGGGGACGAUCAGAUGCUGACCUCAUCGUCUUCCUCACCAAUCUGAAAAGUUUUCGGGAACACUUUGAGCGCCGAGGAGAAUUCAUUGAAGAAAUCAGGAGACAGUUGGAAGCCUGUCAAAGAGAGGAAACAUUUGAAGUGCAGUUUGAGGUCCAGAAACAGCAGAAUCCCCGCGCUCUCAGCUUUGUGCUGAGGUCCCCCAACCAGGCGGUGGAGUUCGAUGUCCUGCCCGCCUUUGAUGCCCUGGGUCAGUUGACCAAAGGUUACAGACCUGACCCUCAAAUCUACGUCCGGCUCAUCCAAGAGUGCGAGAAACUGGGGGGAGAGCGUGAGUUCUCCCCCUGUUUCACAGAGCUGCAGACAGCCUUCCUGAAGGAGCGUCUGCCCAUGCUGAAGAGCCUCAUUUGCUUGGUGAAGCACUGGUACCAACUGUGUAAGAUGAAGUAUGAGCAUAAGCUGCCUCCACAGUAUGCUCUGGAGCUGCUGACCAUCUAUGCCUGGGAACAAGGAAGCUCCAAACCAAAAUUCAGCACAGCUCAGGGAUUUCGGACUGUUUUGGCAUUAAUCCUGAAGCAUCAGGACCUCUGCAUCUACUGGAAAAAGUAUUAUGACUUGGAAAACCCUACGAUUAGCCAAUACCUGAGGAGACAACUUGCAAAACCCAGGCCUGUGAUUCUGGACCCAGCUGACCCGACUGGAAAUGUGGCUGGUGGAGAUCCACAGAGGUGGCAGCUGCUGGCACAGGAGGUUAAAAUCUGGCUCAAGUAUUCGUGCUGUGAGAACAUGGAUGGGACGCCAGUGAGGACCUGGAAGGUGCCGGAACUGAAACCAGCAGCUUCAGGCAGCAGCUCCGCCGCCUAUGGCUCUCCAGUCCCCAGUGACAUGAUGGAGCUCAGAAAUACCCUGGCCAAGUCUCUAGACAAGUUCAUCGAAGACCACCUCCUGUCAAACACGGAGUUCCGCACGCAGGUCAGACAAGCCAUCAACACCAUCUGCACUUUCCUGAAGGAGAGGUGUUUCCCAUGUGCCCCUCGCUCAGUUCGGGUGUCCAAAGUUGUGAAGGGCGGCUCCUCAGGCAAAGGCACGACCCUCAGGGGACGAUCAGAUGCUGACCUCGUCGUCUUCCUCACCAAUCUGAAAAGUUUUCAGGAACACUUUGAGCGCCGAGGAGAAUUCAUUGAAGAAAUCAGGAGACAGUUGGAAGCCUGUCAAAGAGAGGAAACAUUUGAAGUGCAGUUUGAGGUCCAGAAACAGCAGAAUCCCCGCGCUCUCAGCUUUGUGCUGAGGUCCCCCAACCAGGCGGUGGAGUUCGAUGUCCUGCCCGCCUUUGAUGCCCUGGGUCAGUUGACCAAAGGUUACAGACCUGACCCUCAAAUCUACGUCCGGCUCAUCCAAGAGAGUGAGAACCUGGGCGGAGAAGGCGAGUUCUCCCCCUGCUUCACGGAGCUGCAGAGAGCCUUCCUGAAGGAGCGUCCGGCCAAGCUGAAGAGCCUCAUCCGCCUGGUGAAGCACUGGUACCAACUGUGUAAGAUGAAGUAUGAGCAUAAGCUGCCCCCACAGUAUGCCCUGGAGCUGCUGACCAUCUAUGCCUGGGAACAAGGAAGCUCCGAACCAGAAUUCAGCACAGCUCAGGGAUUUCGGACUGUUUUGGUGUUAAUCCUGAAGCAUCAGGACCUCUGCAUCUACUGGAAAAAGUAUUAUGACUUGGAAAACCCUACGAUUAGCCAAUACCUGAGGAGACAACUUGCAAAACCCAGGCCUGUGAUUCUGGACCCAGCGGACCCUACAGGAAAUGUUGCUGGUAAAGACACACGUAGCUGGCAGCAGCUGGCACAAGCAGCUUCGGUCUGGCUGGAUUACCCGUGCUUUAAGAAACGGGACGGGUCUCCCGUGGGCUCCUGGGAUGUGUCGCCCCAAGAACACAGCGACUCGAUGUUCCAGGCCUAUGAUUUUAGACAGCACCAUAGAUCCUGUCCAAGAAUCCAGCUCCGCGGAGAAGCCCGUCCCCAGGUGGAAGAGAACUGGACAUGUACCAUCCUCUGAACACCAGAGUAUCUUGGAGGCAAGGUCUCCAAAGCCAUCUGGGCCAGCCCUCUUCAUUUCUAGGGCUGGGGGCCUGGAUCCAAAGACAGCCGUGAAUUGAUGUCAGACCUGGGACCAGAAUCCAGGUCUCCUGACCCCCAGCCUUCCCACUAUUCUGUGCUCUCUUUUCUUUCAUAGACAGCAUGCUCCCCAGUGGAGCCUGACAAUAACCUCUCCGAGAUACCAGGAGAGACUCAGGCAAAAGAGCGGAAUCCCAGCCUUGACUUUCUUCUGUGAACCUGGGGGGAAAGGUGAUGGUCCAGUUUAUUGUCAAUAAUAAUAAAAAUAGUAGCAAAUGCCA